AUGCUCAAACAUACACUCACCUCUCUGGCCCUCUUCGCGGCAGGAGCCUUCACGGCCACAACCAGUCCCGGCUACUCAUGGGACAUCCCUUCGACCGUCAGCGGGGACUCACUCUCGUUCGGAGAACAUUACGCGGUGUUAAAUCUCGAUCUGAUCGAUAUUGUGGUCUCAUAUGUGAACACUACUACCGCGGGAGCGAGCUGGAUCAAUAACACGGCGCGGUGGAUUGACGCCGUUCACCAGCAGUCGCCCCCGCCAUUGAGCAUCUUCACCCGGAUCUACUUCGCCAACACGCAGCGACCCGAAAUCAACGCCAACGACCCUUUUGCAGAGGCCGUGUCCCUCCUGGGCAACAUCACCGAGUCGAGCCCCGCGGGACAGAUCUACCCUGCCUUCCGGCCUCGGGAUAACUGGGACGUGGUGUUGCAGAAGGUGCGGUACUACGCCGGUGCAGGCAACUCGCUAGAGGAGAUUCUCGCGAGCCAGAAGAUCGACACGGUGAUUCUGUCUGGGAUUCGCACGUCGGGGGUGGUGUUGAACACCGCUCUUCGUCUCUUUGAUCUCAAUUACAAGGUAUAUGUUAUUUCGAACAAUACCAUCGAAACACCCUCGACCUACGCAUCCCAGAUCCAGCAGACGAUCUUGCAGGGCAUCCUGCCCGCCAAUCCUAUCGACGUCAUCACGAUCGAGCAGGCCAUCGCCGCGUUGAAUCGGUCGGGUCCGGCUGUAUACUAGUUCCGACUCAUUUUGUAUCGGCGGACGGCUAAUGGGGUUGGGCGUCUAGUGGCAUACACUGUAUACAAUAGAGCAGACAUGGUUUUAGAUGAUGCUCGAUGAUUCCAGAUAGUAACCUGAGUCUAGACCGGAGGCUUCUCCUCGAGGGUAUUUGUAAGAGACAUCACGACAUUCGGAAAUAUGCAUAGGCGGCGUGAUAAUAAAAGCAGUCCAAGAUACUCCGUAACUUCCCGGAAAAGGGGGGAAGCUCAAUCAGGAAAACAAAAAAAAA